GUGGUCAGCCAUGUAUUUUCUGGGAACCGUGUCUGUGGAUCGCCGAACAUGUGCCAGCACUCAGGCUGCUCUGACCCAGAUUCCCAGAGGGGGUGUGCUUGGGGACAUCAACCAGAAGCUCCAGCAGGACAACCAGGAACUCAGGGACCUGUGCUGCUUCCUGGACGACGACCGGCAGAAAGGCAAGCGGGCGUCGCGCGAGUGGCAGAGACUGGGCCGCUACACGGCCGGGGUGAUGCACAAGGAGGUGGCCGUGUACCUGCAGAAGCUCCGCGAGCUCGAGGCCAAGCAGGAGGAGGUGGUGAAGGAGAACCUGGAGCUCAAGGAGCUGUGCGUGCUGCUGGACGAGGAGAAGGGCGCGGGCAGCCGCUGCUCUAUCGACAGCCAGGCCAGCCUGGGCCCGCCCGCCGCCUCGCCGGCGCCCUAUGCGCGGGACGUGGGCGAUGGCAGCAGCACCUCCAGCGCGGGCAGCACCGACAGCCCUGACCACCACAAGCCCCCCGCGGGCGGCGGCAGCCCCGAGCACCUGCAGAAGCCGCGUGCCGAGGGCAGCCCGGAGCACCUGCCCAAACCCAGGGCCUCGGGGACCCUGGAGCACCCCAAAGCCCUCAAAGGACCCAGUCCGGAGCACCACAAACCCUUGUGCAAGGGCAGCCCGGAGCCGCAGAGGCACCCCCACGCCGGGGGCAGCCCUGAGACGCUGCCCAAGCAGAAGCGCAGGCCGGGGGGCAGCCCCGAGCACGGCCGGCCCAGCGGGGGCAGCCCCGAGCGGCUGCAGAAGCCAGGCCUAGGGGGCAGCCUGGAGCACCUCCCCCGGGCCAGGGGCACCAGCCCCGAGCACCUCAAGCAGCAGUACGCUGGGAGCACCGAUCACAAGCACGUGGCAGGCGGCUCUGGCGGCGGCGGCGGCAGCAGGGAGGGCACCCUCCGCAGGCAGCCCCCUGACGACGCGUCCCCGCACCACCGGACGGUCUACAGUGGCAUGAAUGAAUCCACCUUGUCCUAUGUUAGGCAGCUGGAGGCAAGAGUAAGGCAGCUGGAGGAGGAGAAUCGCAUGCUUCCCCAGGGCUCUUUUAGGUUGUCCUCAGGGGCUGAUGGGAGUAACAGCUCAGCCAACUCUCCAGCUAGCUUCAGUGGACAUGCCACUCCUUCUCAGCAGCCCGAACCCGUGGUGCACUCUCUGAAGGUUGUGUGGAGGAAACUUGGAGAUGCUGCAGGUUCGUGUCCUGGAAUUAGGCAACAUUUGUCAGGAAACCAGUACAAAGGGCCCACGUGAGGUGCGUUCUCCUGGAUGCGAGAUCACCGCUGCCUGAGAGAGAGAGACCAGGAAGGAGAAAGAGUGGGUUCUCACAACCUGGACUCACGGAAUGACAUGGGGUGAUUGUACGCAGCACCCACUUCCCCUCUAACAGACCCUGUAGCAAACUUGUCCAUUUAGCUGCCCUUUCACGUCUCUCACAAGAGCUUAGGUUGCGAGUCACCAUUUUCUCAGCAAUGUGUUCCUUAGGACUAGGAAGAUUCUGACGCCCCAGCUCUCGGGUUGUAUUUGGGAAUCCUGCCUGGUGGGGAGAGUUCAAGACAAAACAACGGGGAUAGAUUUCCCUCAUUGCAUAUGAUGGUGGAAGUUUUCUACCAUAUGUAUUGAGGGUGAUGUGGAGAGAUUUCUUCCAGUUUCCCAAGUUUCAGUUGGACACCUAUAUUUUACACUUUCAUCAACAAUAUAGUAUUUCCUGAGAUAUAAUUAGCUUGAUACAAGAUUAGAAUGGGGUUCUAGGUUUUUGUAUUGUUUUGACGUUUUGAGGUGCUAAAAAUGCAACCUACCGUCCCCUUACCAGCUAGAAGUGUAAUCAGAGAGUACCACUGAUUUCAAUUGAUCAAAAUAAAUAUGCCUUUUCUUUUAGUUUUGAUGAAUAUGAUCAUAAAGAUGUAUCUUGAGGGCAUAUCAACCUCAAGAUUUAGUCAAUGGAUCCACUGGUGUUAAUCUUAACGAUUUCAACUGAAAUAUAAGCAAAUAUAAUUUUUCUAAAUGUUUCCAGCUGUGAGAUGUCGAUUUCUACAACUUAGUUUCUAGAUAUGCUAUUAUCUAUUUAAUAAACUUUAUGUAAACUUUAAAAAUAUUGCACUGCAUUUAUGGGGGACAGCAGCUUUUUUUUUGCCUACUGCAGGCAGCUGACAUCUGAGGGAACUGACGUAUGCCCUCAGUAUUGAGGCUAAACGCUCUUUUUCAGAUCGCCUGAGGUUUGGAAAAAGAGGUGUGCUAGCUUUGCUUAGCUUAUCCCUUAUUUUUGGUAUCCAUACAUAUAUGUAAUAAUAGACUGUGUGUAUUGGAAGUGCUAUGAUAGUUUGUGUUUAUCCAAAUGCAAUGAUAGUUUCUUGUAUGAAUGUGCAAGAGGCCUGCGGCAGAAUGCUAUUGAGUUUCCACUGUAGUUUAAGAUUAUACAAGUAGGAAUGCAACAAUUCUCAGUUCUCCUAUUGCUUCUCAAUUAAUCAGAUCCAUAGCAUAUAUUCUCUGUUGUUGUUGCUUUUAAAAAUGGACAUAUUACAAAGCAUAUUAACUAUCGUUGGUGAAGGAAUGUUACGGACUUUUCCUAUACUUUAGUAACAUGUUACCGUGAUGACAAACCAGCCCUCUGUUCUCUGAAAAUAUGUAUGAAUUAAUUUCCUAUAGAAUCAUCUAUCUAUCGUAAUUGGGUUGCCAUUUACGUGAAUCUUUCUUUUGAAAUAUUACAAUUUUUAAAUGUUAUUACUCUGCACAAGAAAAUUGCUUGCUAUAUUUACAGUCUCUUCCAGCAAAACUUCCUCCUUCCAUUGUUGUAUUCCUAUGCUCAGAAGACAUUUCAGACGAGAUGUGGUGCCCGCAGCAGAGCCUGCAGAAGCCAAUCCAAGGGACUCUGGUCUUUUGACAAAAUACUUGUGUAAGUUUUGAUACUGUAUUAAAACUAUUUUUUUAAAGUUCUGCAUAAAAUUGAGUAUCAAGUAUAUGUGUUCAUCUUAGCGAUGGUAAUAAAUUAUUUAAUCUCACA